UCUUUUAGUAACUGCAAGACUUUCAAAGGGUAAUUUUAGUUUCGCUCCUUAGACGCGGAUUUUUUUUAAAAUCACAAAAACCACAAAGAGUUUUUGCCGCUAAGCCAUCCCCUAUUUAGAGGGAUGGAUCUAGUAGUCCUUAAUUUUUUGAAAAAUGCCCGCAAAAAUCAAGAUCCAUUCGUUUUCGAAGUUGGAGGCAGUUCUUAUACACGAUGCAGAACCAGCCGAUUUUGAACGAGCCAUAUCAGCUUCCGGUUAUGGCAAAUUCAACGUCAUCCUGUACAUUAUUUCGACCGCCGCAGGAUGGUCCUCUGUAUUCGAAACGACCACGAUGUCCUACGUUUUUCCCGCAGCCGAAUGCGACCUAAAACUCACCCUGAACGACAAGGGGUGGCUUAAUGCAGUCACGUAUGCAGGUAUGAUAUCUAGCGCAUUUAUCUGGGGAUUUUUGUGCGACACUCUUGGACGAAAAAAACUACUGAUCAUUGGACUACUCUUGGACGGUCUUUUUUUAAUGAUGGCUGCCCUCUCACAAAACUUCAUACUACUAAUGGUUGCCAAAUUUCUUGGAGGCUUCAUAAUUAACGGACCUUUUGCUGCACUAACGGCUUAUUUAUCUGAAUUUCACUGUGCCAAACAGCGGGCCAGAGUUCAGAUGAUAUUGGGAGCAAUUUUUAGUUUGGGAAACCUUAUUUUACCCAUACUGGCCCUGAUUAUACUGCCUGUUAACAUGAAUUUUAAUCUUGGAAUCUUAGAAUUUCACUCUUGGAAUAUUUACCUCAUGAUAAGCUCCUUACCAGCCCUGGCUAGUGGUAUAGCUUUUAUUUUUUUACCUGAGAGUCCAAAAUUUUUAAUGUCUAUUGGUGAUAACGAAAAAGCGUUGGACGUAUUUAAAGAGGUAUACAGGGUGAACACCGGAUUUUCAGCUGAAAGUUACCCAAUAAAAUAUUUGGUGGACGAAACGAAAAUCAACAAUUUUGACAUAAGCAGCACUACCAGCGAUGUGAUUGUGGCUAAAACGACGCAGCAAUUUUUUAAAGAGGGGAUUCACCAAAUAAAGCCGAUAUUCGUCGCUCCUCAAAUAACGAAGAUUCUUUUGGUUUUUCUGUUGCAAUUUAUGAUUAUGAUGGGUUUGAACACGCUGAGAUUAUGGUUGCCUCAAAUAUAUCAAGCGAUGAACGAUUACCAAUUUUACCACAACGAAAGCGCCACCCUUUGCGAAAGUCUUGAAGUUUUUCAGCCUAAAAAUGACGGAAUUAAUAUCACCAAAAUUACGCAGUGUGUAGUGAAUUCCAACAACACUGAAGUAUAUACAAAUUCUAUGUUAGUAGCGACCACUAGUAUCAUUGGCUAUAUUACAGCAGGAACUUUGAUCAAUUCCUUGGGAAAGAAAAAAUUACUAGGAAUUUUAGGAUUGAUUUCUGGAUCUAUGGCUAUGACGCUAUAUUUUUCAAAAACAGUAGCGUCCACUAUAGCGUUUUCGGCCAUGUUUGUGACAUUUGGUAGCAUUGGAAUUAAUGUAAUAUUAGCGGUUGUAGUGGAUCUUAUUCCUACAUCUUUAAGAACCAUGGCAGUGUCCCUUACAAUGAUGUUUGGUAGAUUUGGAGCAGCGUUAGGAAAUUUAAUUUUCCCUUAUUUAUUAGAAUCUGGAUGUGCGCCCCCAUUUUUCUCUGUCGGAUCUGUGAUGAUUGGCUGUGCUUUCUUAGCAUACUUCCUUCCGGAUACGGACAUGAAAGCAUUGCUAUAGAAAGUCGUAAGUUAUAUAAAAAUUUAGUGGCAAAGACGUGCUUAAGUCAAACAUUCCAAACUUGCAGAAUAAAAUACUAUUUAGAAACUUCCAUCCAACAUAUUUUAUCGAAAUAAAAAUGUUAAUACGGCGGUGCGUCAUAAAAUUUUAUCAUAUUGGGAUUUUGUUACUUGAAUGAAAAAAAAUAUAUGUUUUUCCAAUUGUGUAAUUUAAAAAAAAAUCCCAUAUGGAUCCAACUUUAUGGCAGACACUGUAUAAAACAGAACUUGUUAAAAAUAUAUAAUCAUGCUUUUUACAUUUCCACGAAGCAAUGCAUCCAAUAAAUUCACAGUAAAUAAAAUCUAACAUUCUUUUCUUUUUAUUUUAAAUGUAAAUCUAAUACCCCUUACUAUUAUUUAUUUUGUCUGAAUUCGCCUAAAGUUCCCGUACUAAUAAUUGUUUCAGAAAAAAUAAUUAUUUACGUUUUUUACUUACUUAUUUAUUUCAUUAAUUGAUAAGGUGAUCAUAGACAAAAAAUCCAAUAUUAAAUUUUUUGACUCUCUGUAACGGAAAGAGAAACGCAUAAAACGUAUAGUGAGGUUUGAUAAUAAAACGCCUUAGAUGUAAGUCACACCAAUAACACAUGAAUGUAUAACUGGUUGUCUACUCAUUAGGUAAAUUUUCAUUUUGUGUUAGUUUUUAACACAUUUCUCUUACAAGAGUUAAAAAAUAAUUUUAAAAAGACAGAACAUUUGAAAGACUGGUGAUUCAUCACUUAAAACAUAUUAAACGAUGCUGCCAAUUCGCAUUUUUGAUGUAUUUGAUUAAGCACGGCGUUGUUAAGUUUUAAGUAUAAAUUAAAACGACU